AAUUUUAUAGGCUGGCCAACCAAGAGUCUCUCUCUUUCUCUAUACUCCCAAACUAUCAUGUCUGACGAACAGCACGAACAUACUUUCGAGCAGGCCUCCGCCGGUGCCUCCCUCACCUACCCCCUUCAGUGCUCUGCCCUUCGCAAGAACGGUCACGUCGUCAUCAAGGGCCGUCCCUGCAAGAUCGUCGACAUGUCCACCUCCAAGACUGGUAAGCACGGACACGCCAAGGUCCAUCUUGUUGCCAUUGACAUCUUCACCAACAAGAAGCUCGAAGAUCUCUCUCCUUCCACCCACAACAUGGAUGUUCCUAACGUCAUCCGUAACGAAUAUUCCCUCAUCAAUGUUGAUGACGGUUUCCUUUCCUUGAUGCUUAACGACGGUUCCACCAAGGAUGAUGUCAAGUUGCCCGAAGGUGAACUUGGUGAGAAGUUGCAGGAGGAGUUCGACGAAGGCAAGGAACUUCUUGUCACCGUUGUCUCCGCCAUGGGUGAAGAGCACGCUCUUACCUGUAAGUUUCUGGAUGCCUGACUCCAAAUUUCAUUUGAUUCGCUCGCCAAUUUUUAAAAAAAACCUUGAUCACUGACCCUUUUCCAUCGUUUACAGACAAGGAAGCCCCCAGACAAUAAACAGCUUUCUAAUCUUGUAGGAAGUACAUUGCACAUAAUGUAGUAGGAUUUACUUAGAGUCAUUAUUUGUUCAUUUUCAUUUCUUCUGUCCUCCUUUUACCUUCAUUUCAUGUGCUUUGUCAAAAUGAAAAAGUCGCCAUUAUCCCAUUUUCUCCCCCAUUAAAAGGAAAAAACUUGUGGUUCGCAUGUUUUUUGUCUGUGUACUCCAAAGUUUCUUUUUGGGCUGUCGGUACAUUUUCUUUGCAUACCAUGGCGUCAAUUGACCGGUGUUGUUCCAACCGAAGGGUUGUCACUUAACGUGCCUGCCAACUGCAUAUUUGGCAUUUAAGUCUCAC